GCAUCCAGCCUGCCAAACGAGCCAGCGUUUGGGGUCAGGAACCGGUCUGACAACAGAAUGGCAAUCCUGUGUGCAGGCUGUCACUAGGUCUUCUCCAACCGGGAUGAACCCCGCAGAACGCUGGAUCUAAAGGCUACGCACAGAGGGAAAUAAUGGCAGGAUAUAUUUCAGGGCAUGGCGAGUGCUGCUGAAGAUGUCUGAUAGCGCGGGCUCUGAAGAGAAACCUCCAGCCCCGCCCCUGAGAAUGAACAGCAACGCCCGAGACUCUUCAUCAGCCAAUCACAGCUCAAAACCCCUUCCCAUGGCUCCCGAGGAGAAGAACAAGAAGGCCCGUCUGCGCUCGAUAUUUCCAGGAGGUGACAAGACCAACAAGAAAAAGGAGAGGGAACGUCCUGAGAUUUCGCUGCCCUCUGACUUCGAACACACUAUCCACGUGGGCUUCGAUGCGGUCACCGGAGAGUUUACGGGCAUCCCAGAGCAGUGGGCGCGGCUCCUGCAGACCUCCAACAUCACCAAGCUGGAGCAGAAGAAGAACCCACAGGCCGUGCUGGACGUCCUCAAGUUCUACAACUCCAAAGAGACCGUCAGCAACCAGAAGUACAUGAGCUUCACCUCUGGAGAUAAAUCAGCACAUGGUUAUAUAGCACCUAAUGCUCUGAAACGCCUCCUGUCUGGGCCUCCUCUCAGCCUUAGAUCCUGCAGCGCGUUAUUUGACAAGGCCACAAAGACCACAGCUGAGCCACCACUGGCUGCCCCUGUGUCAGAGGAGGAAGAGGAAUUUGAUGAAGAGGAUGAAGAGGAUGACGAUGAGGAGGAUGAAGAAGAAGAGGACGACGAUGAUGUGCCUCCCCCUGUCAUUGCUCCUCGGCCAGAGCACACAAAAUCUAUCUUCACGCGCUCUGUCCUUGAGCCUGUCCCACCCACUGCUCCAGUCAAAGAGGAGUCCACCUCUCCUGAAUCUUCGGCCCCCGAGGACACCUCCAGCACCAUGUACCGGCACACAGACCGGCAGAGGAAGAAGUCCAAGAUGACCGACGAGGAGAUUCUGGAGCGGCUGAGGAGCAUUGUGAGCGUGGGAGACCCGAAAAAGAAGUACACGCGCUUCGAGAAAAUAGGACAAGGAGCAUCUGGGACUGUGUACACAGCCAUUGACGUUGCCACGGGUCAGGAGGUAGCUGUAAAACAGAUGAACCUGCAGCAGCAGCCAAAGAAGGAGCUCAUUAUCAAUGAGAUCUUAGUGAUGAGGGAAAACAAAAACUCCAACAUCGUCAACUACCUGGACAGCUACCUGGUGGGGGACGAGCUGUGGGUGGUGAUGGAAUAUCUCCCCGGGGGUUCCCUGACUGACGUGGUGACUGAGACCUGCAUGGAUGAGGGGCAGAUUGCUGCUGUCUGCAGAGAGUGUCUUCAGGCGUUGGACUUCCUGCACUCCAAUCAGGUGAUCCACAGAGACAUCAAAAGUGACAACAUCCUCCUGGGAAUGGACGGCUCGGUGAAACUCACGGAUUUUGGCUUCUGCGCCCAGAUCACCCCCGAGCAGAACAAGCGCAGCACCAUGGUGGGCACGCCCUACUGGAUGGCCCCCGAGGUGGUGACCCGCAAGGCCUACGGCAACAAAGUGGACAUCUGGUCCCUGGGCAUCAUGGCUAUUGAGAUGGUAGAAGGGGAGCCUCCAUACCUCAAUGAAAAUCCUCUCAGGGCCCUGUAUCUGAUCGCUACCAAUGGGACACCAGAGCUGCAGAACCCAGAGAAGCUGUCCGCUGUGUUCCGUGACUUCCUCAACCGAUGCCUGGAAAUGGACGUUGACAGGAGAGGAUCUGCAAAGGACCUCCUGCAGCACCCGUUCCUGAAGUUAGCCAAACCCCUCUCCAGCCUGACGCCCCUUAUUGUAGCUGCUAAGGAAGCCAUAAAGAACAGCAGUCGCUAAGGGCAGGGAUCGUGCCCGUCCAAAGAAACCUCCUGGAGAACAUGGACCCUUCUGGCUCUGAGACGAGGGGGCCAUGGGACAGCGCAAGGACAAAUAUACUGCCUCUCUAAGGAGCAAUUCAAGGGCAUCUGUGCUUAGGCUUUCCUCUCAAGCACCGACUCAUUCAUGUCUCAUGAAGCGUUCUGUUAAAUGUCUUAAGUGUGGCGUCUGUCAAAAUCGGGUCCAGUGGAGGAUUCUCGCUUUGCAGAAGCCAUCUCCGAGUAUGGUUAAAAAGAAGAAAACCUGUGCUUUUGCAGUUCUCUGGAUUCGGAAAAGGUGUCAGAGAGAAGUGAGAAAAGUAUCUUUUUUUUUAACUACAAACCUCAAUUUUUACCCUGUUAUGACCUUGGUCCUUGAACUCGCCCUUGGGUUUUUGAGUGGACCAUCACCUCCAUGCUGUACAUUUCAAUACAAGAUGCCAGUGAUUUAUGCUGACCAAGUGCACCGUGCUGACUCCCCAAUACAAGUGCAUGAUAAAUAAUCUGCCAAUUUGAUGUAAACUGCUGGCUGAAAUGAUGUGUGCCUGCUUUGGAAGAGCUCAAGAGUUUGGAGAGAAAUGAAGGUAAGUGUGUAAAUAUAAUGUGAAAGCCUGGUGUGGGCUAAUCCAGCAUUUAAAAUGGAGGUUACGGGACUGCAGAAUUAGCAAAUAUAUAUAUGCUGUUAUAAAUGCAAUUCAUAAGAACCUGUAAAACACCAUUGUGUCCACGUGUACUGUAGUGGACAAAGUGGAGUGGAAUUGUAUGGAAACUAGAACAUGUCUUUUCCAAUGAGGAAAGACAAAAUGUAUGGAAAUUAGAUUCAAUGUGCAUUAUGACAGACAGUGCAAACUAUUGGGAUUGAUGAAUGGAUCAGGGAUAUAUGCUGUCUGUGUACUGUGUAUUUAUCUCUCUCCAUGAAACAUGUAUAAACCUUUUGCAAGGGGUGACAUUUUUUAAACAAAUUAUCUUACAAUGUUCUGUCUCCAUAGCUACUUCCUCAAAAUCAUGGUGGGGAAACUUCAAGUGUUUACAAAUCCAUAGGCUAUAACAAGUGAUUGUGUAUUGUUUUGUGACUGCUUCCCGAUUUUAGUUGCCAUCAAAGACUACUUCAAUUCAGUUGUUUCAUAUUUCUUCAUUUUCUUAAGGGAGCUUGAAUAAAUACUUCAGGAGGAAAAAAAAAAAA